AUGCGGGCCCGCAGCGCCCUGCCCCGCAGCGCCCUGCCCCGCUUGCUGCUGCCACUGCUGCUGCUGCCGGCCGCCGGGCCGGCCCAGUUUCACGGGGAGAAGGGCAUCUCCAUCCCGGACCACGGCUUCUGCCAGCCCAUCUCCAUCCCGCUGUGCACGGACAUCGCCUACAACCAGACCAUCAUGCCCAACCUUCUUGGCCACACGAACCAGGAGGACGCGGGCCUGGAGGUGCACCAGUUCUACCCGCUGGUGAAGGUGCAGUGCUCGCCCGAGCUGCGUUUCUUCCUGUGCUCCAUGUACGCUCCGGUGUGCACGGUGCUGGAGCAGGCCAUCCCGCCGUGCCGCUCCAUUUGCGAGCGCGCGCGCCAAGGCUGCGAGGCUCUUAUGAACAAGUUCGGCUUCCAGUGGCCCGAGCGCCUCCGCUGCGAGCAUUUCCCGCGUCACGGCGCGGAGCAGAUCUGCGUGGGCCAGAACCACUCCGAGGACGGAGCUCCUGCGCUACUCACCACCGCGCCGCCCUCCGGGCUGCAGCCCGGCGCGGGUGGCACCCCGGGCGGCCCUGGAGGUGGUGGCGCGCCCCCGCGCUACGCCACUCUGGAGCACCCUUUCCACUGUCCCCGCGUCCUCAAAGUGCCGUCCUAUCUCAGCUAUAAGUUUCUGGGUGAACGCGAUUGUGCAGCGCCCUGCGAGCCCGCACGGCCCGACGGCUCCAUGUUCUUCUCGCAGGAGGAGACGCGUUUUGCCCGUCUCUGGAUCCUCACCUGGUCGGUGUUGUGCUGCGCUUCCACGUUUUUCACGGUCACCACCUACUUAGUGGACAUGCAACGCUUUCGCUACCCAGAGCGGCCCAUCAUCUUUCUGUCGGGCUGUUACACCAUGGUGUCGGUGGCCUACAUCGCGGGCUUCGUGCUCCAGGAGCGCGUGGUGUGCAACGAGCGCUUCUCUGAGGACGGUUACCGCACGGUGGUGCAGGGCACUAAGAAAGAGGGCUGCACUAUACUCUUCAUGAUGCUGUACUUCUUCAGCAUGGCCAGCUCCAUCUGGUGGGUGAUUCUGUCCCUCACCUGGUUCCUGGCAGCCGGUAUGAAGUGGGGCCACGAGGCCAUCGAGGCCAAUUCGCAGUACUUCCACCUGGCCGCCUGGGCUGUGCCAGCCGUCAAAACCAUCACCAUCCUGGCCAUGGGCCAGAUCGACGGCGACCUGCUGAGCGGCGUGUGCUUCGUGGGCCUCAACAGCCUGGACCCGCUGCGGGGCUUCGUGCUGGCGCCGCUCUUCGUGUACCUGUUCAUCGGCACAUCCUUCUUGCUGGCCGGCUUCGUGUCACUCUUCCGCAUCCGCACCAUCAUGAAGCAUGACGGCACCAAGACGGAGAAGCUGGAGAGGCUCAUGGUACGCAUCGGCGUCUUCUCGGUGCUCUACACGGUACCGGCCACUAUCGUCAUCGCCUGCUACUUCUACGAGCAGGCCUUCCGCGAGCACUGGGAGCGCUCGUGGGUCAGCCAGCACUGCAAGAGCCUGGCCAUCCCGUGCCCGGCCCACUACACGCCGCGCAUGUCGCCCGACUUCACAGUUUACAUGAUCAAAUACCUCAUGACGCUCAUCGUGGGCAUCACGUCGGGCUUCUGGAUCUGGUCCGGCAAGACGCUGCACUCCUGGAGGAAGUUCUACACGCGUCUCACCAACAGCCGGCAUGGCGAGACCACCGUGUGA